AUGAUCCCAAUGAUCGUCGGAAUCACUCGAUCCCGACAGAUGUCCGGAAUUACAAAUGUCAACGAUACCACGGAUGAUUCGAGCUUUGCUCAAAACACGAAUCGACUUUAUUUCCUUCUUCAUGUUCUCGAGGUAUACACCUCCCACGAUCUCUAUGCUACUUAUGCCUUACUCCGCAACGCGUUGUAA